AUGGCUCCAAAUGGUUUGUUGCCUCCACUGGCCUCAGUCGGCUUUGAAGGAAAAAUCAAAUUCUCUGCAAGCCAAGACCUCUGCCUAGCAAGAAGCAAAUAUUUUAAGCUUCCAGAGACUGAGAGCCAGGGCGACAUGUGGAGCAUCAAGCCACCGGAUUUCUCUCUUAAACUGUACAGAUCUCUGUCAGUUCCUCAAAGGAAAGAAAGGAAGACACGAGCAAACCUAGCUUCCCCACAAACCACUAAAACAAAGAGGACACCUGGAGUAUUUCUACCAAAUGUUUUUCAUGAACCGUACCAGAGGAAAGAUCCUCCAAAGUUCAUCACAUUGUACAGGCCUCCUGGCACUCUGGAGUCUGAGCUGAUGUUCGUCAAGAUGGGAAAGUAUCCGUCUGAACUCUACAAGAACCCCAAACCUCAUGACUUCAGGCCGCUUGAUGAGGAUGUUGCAGACAUGGUAACGACACAUGAGAGAGAUCCUGGUAACCUGAACUUAAAAUUAAAGCACUUGGACAUAAUGUGGACCACCAGAUCUGACGUAGACCUUAGUGCAAGGGACACCAAGAAAAGGAUGGACACAUAUAACCCUGCAGAGCCUAAAUGGGAUGCGAGACUCAUACUUCCUCAGUUGCCCUGGCCUCCAAAAUCAGCUUCUUAUACUAGACAUCGGCGAAGAAGAGGAGCUCACAGCGCCUUCUUGGACCGGGUGGAAGAGAAGCUCUCAAGAGCCUGGAAAAAAAAAUCAUGACUCUCUCUUUUUAAAUCUAUUAUUUCAU